AUGAAUAUGUACAAGGAACCUGGUUUUCCUAUGGUUAGUCACAUCCUUGCUGAUCUCAAGCUCCUCUACCCAGGACUUGGCAAAGUGGCCUUAGCAACAGCCAUGAUCAGUGACUUCUAUAAUUGGGUCAUGUUUGCAUUGUUGGUUCCAUUUGCCAUUAACGGUGGAAGCAUCAUCUACUCUGUGCUGAGCACCUUAGCUUUUGUGCUUUUCUGCUUCAUUGUUGUACGCCCUUGUUUGGUGCAGAUGAUAGGGACACACCCUGUGGUUGGGGCUCUGGUGUAUGGAAUGAUGAUACCUCGUGGUAAAUUUACUCAGAUGCUCAUAGAGAAGUCAGAGGAUUUUGGCUGGCUCCAUUUUUUGCUCCUCUCAUUCAUCCCAAAGAUUUUAAGCACUGUUAUAGCGAGUCAGUUUUAUGGCAUGUCUGUUCUUGAUGGUGUCUCUAUUGGACUGCUUAUGAACACCAAGGGCAUCUUACCAAUAUUAAUGCUCAACAAUGCCUGGGACAAGCAGAUUUUGAGUGUGGAGUCCUUCUCAAUUUUGACCGUAGCUGUUGUUAUGAUGACCAUGACGGUGCCUCUAAUCAUCAAUGCCAUAUACAAGCUAAGAAAGUUAUACAAACAAAGCAAACUGAAGACCAUACAGAAUUUGAAGGCCGAAAUAGAGCUGAGAAUACUAGCUUGUGUCCACAACCCUCGGCAAGCCACAGGAAUGAUCAACAUCCUCGAUGCAUGCCACACUACAAAACUCUCCCCUCUGCGCGUGUUUGCACUUCAGCUUGUUGAACUAAGUGGAAACACCACUUCCCUUUUCAACCAACAGCGAAGUGGUGGUGCACAAGCCCUCACCAAAGCACAAGAAGACUUGGAGAGCAUCACCAACAUUUUCCAAACAUACACAGGUGCAAAUGAGAACACUAGUGUGGAGACUUUUGCUGCUGCGUCAACUUACUCAAACAUUCACGAGGACAUAUACAACGUGUCGCAGGAGAAGCAAGCAAGCUUGAUGAGGGAUGCACCAUGUUCUGUUGGAAUCAUUGUCGACCGUGGACUAGGGUCAUUGUUCAAGGUGAACCUGCGUGUGCUCGUGCUUUUCAUCGGUGGCCCUGAUGACCGCGAAGCCUUGGCGGUUGCGUGGAGGAUGUCAAAGCAUCAAGGGGUGCAACUAUCAGUGAUGAGGAUCCUUAUGUAUGGUGAGGCUGCAGAAGUUGAUGUUCUGUCCCAUGUCGAGUCUCGUGGACUAUUAUCCGUGGACAAGGAACAGGUAGGAACUAGGAACUCUUUGAUCUUGUCAGAGUUGAUACAAUGGGCUCAUUGCCCUGAACUUGGUGUUAUAGGGGACAUGGUGGCAUCAAAUAAUUUUGGUUCAAGCUCUUCAGUGCUUGUUGGACAGAAAUAUGGGUAUGGGGGAGUGGUGUUUGAUAACAGUAAUGCUGCCACACAGCAGCAACCUAGGGAAGUAAUGCCUGCAGAUGAUGAUAAUGAUGAUUCUGGGGCACUUGCUGUCAAGAUAGAAUAG